UGUUGCGGUGCCGUGCGUGCCGUCGCCAUUUGCAAUCGCUCGCCAAGGGCUAGCGCACGGCAGGUACGGCACACGCGGUCGCCGUCCCACGCCGUCCGCCCUUCUCAAGCCUAUCGUUCUCGCGGUCUCGCGAUGCUCUACUCUGAGUCCGCCGUCCGCUAAUGCCCACCGUCGACCGCUGCGUAUAGCGCUCGGCAGAUCAGUUUGCGGCGUGCACGAUGGGCUACUUGUAACCGACGCCAAAUGGAGCCUUUCGUCGGCCACCUGGAAUAGCUCGUCGCGCUGUUCUACUGCGUACCGAAGACCAGCGUGCCAGGAUCUGUUCGGAUCCCCUCUUCCGCGCCACCCCUCUCGUCCGUUUGCCCAGCACAGUUCACCCCCCGCGCAGAUAUGGCCUCCUCUAACCGCGGCAUCCAGAUUGGCUCCGGCUGGUUUCAGACCAAGAUCAACCUCAGGCCGCAACACCGAGGUGUUCAUCUUGUCACCGAGGAGAUCCUCAGGCAGGUCCCGGAGCUCUGCCAAUUUUCCAUUGGCCUCUGCCAUAUUCAAAUUCUCCAUACCUCGGCUAGUUUAGCAUUAAAUGAGAGUUGGGAUCCGGAUGUGAGAGACGACAUGGAGAUGAUGCUUAACAAAAUAGUUCCUGAGGGAUUGGAGUAUAGGCAUAGCUGUGAAGGGCCAGACGACAUGCCAGCACAUGUGAAGGCCUGCUUCCUGGGUUCCUCGCUGAGCAUCCCAAUUACGGAUGGCAAGCUGGCGUUGGGCACGUGGCAGGGCAUCUGGUUCUGUGAGCACCGGAACCACGCUGGCAGCCGCAAGUUGGUGGUGACGCUGACCGGUGUCCUGAGGGACUCGGCGCGUAGCCCUCUCAGCCCGGUCAGCCCCAUCGCCUCUACCAGCAGCUAGGACCACUCGCACCCCCGAAGGCGUGGCAAGCGUCAGCUGCGCGCGUCCACUUCGAGCGACUCGAGCUAGCAGCCGCUUUAAACCCUAGUCAACUUCUAAGAGUACAAUCCAUUGAGGAAGAAUGAGCCGGAUAUCUCGCGGAUCCAACUAUCGCUCGGGGAGAAACAGCGGGUAAUCAGGCGCAUCCUCGAUGAGCAAGUGGACACACCGCUCAGAGCGCACGUCGCGUUCACGAAUUCUGUGCGUGUGCGCGUGUGUUAACUGGGUUCCGUUCAUGUCUCCGAUGUCAUUCCGCAAGGAUGUUUCUUCUUGUUCGAGUGACGGACGAGCCAGAAACUCGAGGGGUUGCGAAGAGUCUUGCGUGUUCUCUUGUUCUUGUAGUACGGAUUAAUUCAGAUUUUAACGAAACCCUACCGCUUGAAUAUUGACCGAUAUUAACGGAUCGUUGGAAGUCUGGAUUCAAUACCCGAAGAUCCAGGAGCUAAGAUUACGGGCAUUGUGAGUUCCUUCGGCCGCCGAGAGAGAAGUCCCAGGAUCCCCGCGGAGCACGUUAUAUACCACGGAAGCUCUGGAACCUUUGCAACAACUCAGAAUGCCCCGCUCGUUCCUUCAUUCCCGGCUUUCUGGCUCGCGUUGAUCACGCGGGACAUCUGGUAUAUCACAUGAAUAAUAAUAAAAAAAAGCGAAGAGAGAGAUAUAUAGGAGAUAGAGAGAGAAAGAGAGAGAGAGAGAGAGGAAAGGAGAAACGGAAAAAAAACUGCCACGGCGAACGCGCGUUAUCGCACGCGUCGCACGUAAAUAAAACGAAUUAAAUGCGAGUAUCCAGCGCUCUUCCGCCUCGCUCUUGAAGAUAGAAGAAAAGCAGAAAAGGCACAUAUUCUGUGGGAAGCAAUCGGAGAGGAAGAAGGACAGAUAGAAAAAGGAAGAACGAAUCUAUGCAUUCCGGUAACGCGUCCAAUACUCCGAAUUUACGUAGCUUUAUUUAGGAGACCCUUUUGUAUAAACGAAGUUGACGGACACGAGCAGCCGUGCGAGGACUCGCAUCUUUUUUUACACUCGGCUAUCUUUGAGCUGUCCCAAAACGAGAGGCAAAGAGAGGGUAAGGGAAUUUUAGAAAAAAAAAGAGAAAGAGAGUAAAAGGAGUGAGAGAGCGUGAGGUACGCGUUGCGAACUUUCUGACUCGUCGCUUUAAACGAUUAGAAGCUAAAUCUAAUUGCUCGCACGAACAAUGACGUUUCCAUCGCAUUGGGGGUGUACAUAUACAUACAUAGGGAAAGUUCGGCGAUGAUUCUCUACUGCUGUGCGCGUCUCCGCUAGGGUUAUAACGUAUGUUACACCAUCACGGGCACGUAACGCGAUUGCAUUCUACGUUGAAUUAUAGCGCGUUGUAACUAAGGUAACGUUACUAGGUACAUUGGAGAGUCGGUUGCACCAACACCCGCCCACGAUAAUUUAUAUUACAUUUGUGGUUGUAUGUAUAUAUAUCCUAUAACGCGUUUCUUUAUUUUAUAAUAAUAUUAAAACUUUUACAAAUUGUACAAAUUAGGCUGUUUUUUUUUUUUUUUUAUUAUAUAUCCCAGAGAUACUAUUUAAUACUCAUUAUAUAUAACAUUAGAGAGCAAAAUCUGAGUUACUUGUGUAGCAUUUUAAUUCAGUCGUCUAAGCUUCGAAAAUUCGAACUGUCCUAUUUAAUUGGCUUAAAAGUGGGACUGGAUUCAGAAGAUUAGUUUAAUUUAUAUAAAAAGACAAUUCUCACAAUAUUUAAUCAAUCAAAAGUAAUUGAUGUCGAUUCCUUCUCUAUUAAAUUUUUUAUUCGAUCGUCAGUUAUCCUAAACUUUUCUUAGUUACGGCUGUCAGUGCAACUGACCUUUAUUAAGAGACCACUUCCGAAGAUCAAGAGCGUAAGGCGUCGUUUUAAAAGAUCCAGCACUGCGGUGAAGUAUAACGUUGGAUCGUCACGAGGACAGCUGCGUCGAUUUCGCAAAAGUCUUCGAAUUGCUGGUUCUUUGAUUUAGGAAUUUGGAAAAAAACUCCAGUAUCGCAAUUCUUGGUUAUACUUCCGAAAAAAAAGAAGAUUCACUCUCUGAUUUUUAUGAAAUUUGACGAAAAUGUCCUCCAAAUGACUCCAAAAAUGAAUAUAUGUGAAAGGCUUUUUGGCGCAAAGGAAAAUAAGCCGAGAUAAUGUUGAAAUUACGAGAGUAAUUAUUUUCAGAAAAAAUUUGCACAAUUAUGGAUAUAUAGAAUAAUUUUCACUUCGAGAUACGUUUUAAUGAUCGAUGUUUCAACGUGCAAUCUAAAGUAAGAAUCGCUUCUGUUUGAUGACACGUUUUAACAUUAUUCUGAUUUAUCGGGAUUGUAUUUUAAUCCUCGGCCUUUGGGUAUCCAAACAAUAUCCUCGUUUUCCCUAUCGUUCAUGAAAGUUAUUGAGAAGAAAAAGCCGGCCGAGGCGAUCUUCGUGACGAAUCGACAGAGAGCUUCUUACUCACACGAUGUUAUUAAACUGAAGCUUACUAUGAGCUUGCCGCAGCGUGUCGUUGAAAUGGACAGGCAGGCGAACAGGCAGAACAGGCGUUGUCGUUGUUUAGUUGUUAAUCUUCAACGUACAUAGGCGUGCAAAAGAAAAAAAAAAGAACGCGUCGUCGUCCAUUACGUGAUUAAAUGGACCUAUGCUUUAAUGUAAAGUACGUCUCUAUCUAUACAGUUCACAUAGCUUAAACAAAAAAAUGAAAAAAACAUUAUCGGAGCUCAAAGUAUAAUAUAAUGUAAUGUAAUGUAAUGUAAUGUAAUGGUACACCAUCGAGAUUGCCGUACGUACGAUCGCUCCUACGAACAUACGCAAACAAACACACACACAGGUGGCAGGAGGGGGAUAGACGAGGAAAAGGCUCACACACAUAUGCACAAAGGCGAUCUACGAUCCUCUCCACGGCCCCCUCGUCCUUGCGCGUAUCCUCGCGAGCGCGCGACUUACAUAGGUUCAAUAGCCAACGUACCAAGUUCGUGGUUUAAGGCGAGACGGUAGCAUUUUAAUCUGUACACACGUAUAUUGUAAAUAAUAACAAUAACAUUUUGCCGAACUCAAGGCGAGGCUGCGUUCUCGAGAGAAAGAUUAGGGGAGAAGAGGUAUAUAUAUAUAUAUGUUCAGCGCGCGCGAUAUCCGAGGAGCAUCCAGAACUUAGCGGUUCUACGAACUCGCGGAUCUCCUUUGUUCGGAUUCGUUAUGAUUCACCGUUAGCUUUGAUUCUCUUUCCGUUAUUUGGGAACCUAAAAAAGAAGGGGAAAUUUUUACGGCUAGAAUUUUAUUCGUAUUCUAAUGGUCAUUUCUUCGAAGUAAUUUCGCCAUGCGCGCGCGCGCGAAUCUUUAUAACUGAAAUUCUCGCAACAUUAAUAUUUGUCUCUGAUUUUGCGGAAUUUUAAGUUCUUGCGAGUAAUUUUUUGUCGAAACAUCGCAGUCUUCGGACAACUCGGGCAUUUAGAACAUCGAGAGAUUUUGGGUUCAGCGAAUCUCCCAGGUCUUUUCAACGAUGGAAAAGAUCUUGGAGGAAAUCUCUUGAUUUUCUUCAAUAUCUUUACGGAUCUUUGUAAAUCUCGGGACCUCGAGUCUCUAAAAGUUUGGAUCCUCGAAACUCGAGCUCCUUUCGAUGCGUUGUAUAAAGCUAUAAAGGUCACAAUCACUUGUAUUUUGCCAAAAUUGAAUUAUCAGCGAGAGAGAAAAGAAAAUUCAUUUUUCCAGGCGUAGGCUUCCGCUUGCGCAGCGAACGCGGAUCUAAUUAUUGCAACGCAUGCAGGCUCCGUCAGUCCCUCUUUGCACUCUUGCGUAAGUAAAAAUAUUUUCUACCGUUUAGAAAUAAAGAACUGUUACAACACGAA